AUGACUACUGUAAAGAUAGCGACCCAAAAUAAGAAGGUUCCUAAAGGAUUCUGCACAUCAUCGUUCCACACCAAGCAGCAAAUCAAAGAGAAAUGCAUGAAAUCGUGUGAGAUGUGCUGUGGCGACAGGGAUCCCGAUGAGUGCAAAAAGAAGAAGGAGACGGUGGAAGAUUUCUGUAACUCAUCUUUCAUGUCCAAAAAAGAGCUCAAGGCGAUGUGUGGUGCCACCUGCGGUCUGUGUUCAGAAGCACAGGACGAUUAUUCUCAACCGGCCCGCCCCUGGGUUUAG